GAGCCUCAGAUCCUCUAAAAAAGAAUGUCAAACCGUGCUGAGACUUGAUAAUUGCACUGAAGAUGAAGUUUUCCUUCGUCUUUCUUCUUUUAUUAGAUUUCCCUCAUCUCAACGGGCAGGAGAGGAUCAAGGAGUUUGAACCCAUUCUGCUGAGACUCGAAUUCCCUCUAAUUUACAACAGUUACAUCAAGUCCUGCUGCAGUCUCUACCCAGGCAUUUGUUACCCGCUGCUGGACAGCACAGGGUACACCUACGAGCUGCUGAGAGGAAGAGUGACCAAAACAGAGGGGAACGGCUGGAUCGAGUUCAAAAUAUCAAACGUUAGGUUAGAGGAUGCAGGAAACUACAGAUGCUUUGUGUCGGGAACCCCAAACCACAUCUACAGCGACAAGUUUUUCGAGGUCACAGAAUCCUCAAUUCCCCACACUUCGUCUCAGCCUCCCCUGACAACAACCAUCAAAACCCUCAGCACCUCCACAUCACUCCGACCAGAAUCCACCGGGCCCGUCCUCUCACAGGACAACGCCGACCGUCCCAGCAUGCCCUGGAGUUUUAGCCUGCCCCUAUUGGUCGUUGUGUCCAUUACAGUGAUGAUUGUGAUCACUUUGGUUAUGGGUGUAGUUUGCUGCAGAGUGAAGGCAAAACCUGAAAAGCCAGACAAAUGUGGAGAAACUCUGUGUGAGUCACAGAAGCAAGAUGCAACGGAAAUAAGUGGCGUCGUCUACACAACAGUGAACUUCACAGCUCAUCAGAAAUCCACAGAGGUGUACGCAAACGCGGACACUGAGACGGUGGAGUACUCCACACUGGCAAUCCACCGGUGAAUUCAGGGGAAAGUCUUUGAUUUUAACUUGGGGCUGAUUCUAUACACGCCACUGUUUGUUUGUUUUUUACAUAAUCCCCCUGCCCCCUUCAUGAAUGGAGAAUGAGGGGUCCACCAGCGCUUUUGGAGCUUGAACUGCACAAGGGACAAGAUAUCUUGAACUCUGCAGCUUUAUUUGUCUCUUUGUACUUUUGUAAUUUUCAGUUUCUUCGCAAUUUCUCGCAUGGAAUAGCCUUCAUUUCUAAGAACAAGAAUAGACUGGCGAGUUUCACAUGAAAGUUCUCUUUUUCUGGCCAUU